AUUCACGCCCACAUACCAGAUCAAUUUGUUGGAAAGUUUUUCGGAAUCUUUAGGGAAGGCCGCAUCUUCGCGGUUAAAAAUUUUAUGGUUGAGGAAAAUUUAAUGUAUUUUAAAACUACCACGAGUGCUUAUAGGCUGCGUUUCUUUAAGAAAAGUGCAGCUUUCGAAAUACAAAUUCCAUUUCCGUUGCGGACAUUUUCUUUGAUAUCUUUCGCUACGCUACAAGCUCAGGAUGUCAUUGAUGAUAAAAUAGGAAUUGAUAUUAUUGGACAAGUUGUCCAUGAUAAAGACCCUAAGACCAUAUUGAAGAAUGACCGUCCAAAGAGGUUGAUCGAGCUUAUCUUGGGAGAUACAGAAGGGAAUGUCAUAGGAUGCACACUUUGGGGCCCGAUGGUGGAAAUGCUAUCAACGUAUAAGUUAACCACUGUUGAGCCUGUUGUUAUGCUAUUGCAGUGUUGCAAAGUCAGAAGAUAUCAAGGUCAAGUUCAAGUCUCAAACAUGUUCAACACAACAAAAAUGAUUCUUAACGGGGCCGAAGAUGAGUUUAGCGUGUUUAAAUCUAGGAUGACCAGGAGGUGCGGUGACGGCCUAAGUUUUACCAUUUCAUCGGACACGUCUAAUGAAGGUGACAUUAGCACCGGCGGGAUUCAGUUGGUAACUAUUGACCAGCUCAAUAAGCUGGAAGAGGAAGGAAGACAUUGGGUUUACGGUGAAAUCGUUGGGAUUGAAAGUCACAAAGACUGGUCCUACGUGUCAUGCAUAGGGUGUAAUCGAAAAGUGUCACCAAACGGAGACAGCUUUCAGUGUUUGUCGUGCAAUACAUCCGACGCUGUUCUAAGGUAUAAGGUUAACGUGAGGGUGGUUGAUGGCACUUCGCAUGCAUCGUUCCUACUAUGGGACAGAGAGGUGUCGUGCUUGAUUGGGAGAUCUGCUUCUUCGCUCAAAGAUCAAGUGUCUAAGCGAAAUUUUGGCCCGCAUUACUUUCCAUCUGAGAUUAAUGCACUCAUGGACAUCAAAGCGCUCUUCCGCGUUCACUACAAGAAGGAAUCCAGGAACUACAAGGGAAGUCAAAGCUUCAGUGUUCUGAGGAUGAACACAGACCCUAGGGUGCUGUCCCUGUAUGUUACUGAAUCAACCGAGGAAGAGGAGGAAGAUGUGUUCACUGAAUUGGAGAAAGAGUUUUCCACCAACGAACAUGUAGGGUCUUCGCAACCUGUUAGUUCAAACAGUCCUUUGUUAGACAAGGACAAGAGAAUUGCAUUGGAAAUUGAUGUGGAGAAAGUGAAGAGAGACCUUCUAGGGGAAUUUUCUGGAACAACACCAAUGAAAAGGAUGAAGGGUAUCAAGAUCGAGGAGCCAAAACAGUGACAAUGUUCUUGGGGUUUGGAUUGUAUCAUUGUGUGUUUUGUGUAUGUGUAUAUGUCAAUGGGUAGCAUGGAGAACUUAUAGUUAGAAGACAAGGCUAGCUAUGCAUGUUAGUGGCAUAAGCUGUUGUCUUUUACACAUUUUGAAUUUUGUUAUUGGUUCCUACACUUCAACCUAAAGUGUGUUCUCC